UCUAAAAACCCUUUUCUCCAACUUUCUAGUUUUUUCAUUUCACACACCAAAAAAUCUCCCCAUGUUUCCUCAGAUGCGAAGGGCCGCCGGACUCGCCGCCGUUCGCCGCGCCGCUGGAGGCAUCGCCUCCGCGGACCAGCACCACCGCCUCUUCCAGGCGGCGCUCUUCACCUCCAGCAGCGCUAACUCCUCCUCGAGAUCUCACUGGUUCUCGUACAACGGCAUCGCAGGCGACAAGGCCGCCACACACGCUGUUUUCGGAACAAUGCUCUUCUCCACGGCCGCCACUGCCAUCGUCGAAGAGGCUCACGCCAAAGAGGCCGUCAAAUUCCGCCCAAAAGAUGUCGUUCUCUACCAGUAUGAAGCUUGCCCCUUCUGCAAUAAAGUUAAAGCAUUCCUGGAUUACUAUGACAUACCAUACAAAGUUGUGGAGGUCAACCCUCUUAGCAAAAAGGAAACCAAGUGGUCUGAAUACAAGAAAGUACCCAUAUUGAUGGUUGAUGGAGUACAAAUGGUUGACUCUUCAGAAAUAAUUGAUAAAUUGUACACAAAGAUCAAUCCUGGCGCGGUCAUUGAUUCUGCUGAAGAAAGUGAGGAGAAGAAGUGGCGAAGAUGGGUGGACAAUCACUUGGUGCACAUUUUAUCUCCUAAUAUAUACAGAUCUAUUUCUGAGGCUAUUGAUUCAUUUGACUACAUCACUACAAAGGGCAACUUCAGCUUCAUGGAGAAAAUGAGUGCAAAAUAUGUCGGAGCUGGUGCGAUGUAUUUUAUAUCGAAGAGGUUGAAGAAAAGACACAACAUUACAGAUGAGAGGGCGGCCUUGUAUGAAGCUGCCGAAACAUGGGUAGAUGCUCUUCAGGGUCGAGAUUUUCUAGGUGGAGCAAAACCCAACCUAGCUGACCUAGCCGUCUUUGGUGUCUUGAAAUCCAUUCGCUACCUCAGGGCUGGUCAAGACAUGGUACAGCAUACACGCAUUGGUGAUUGGUAUGAUCGGAUGGAAAAUGCUGUCGGAGUGUCUGCCGGAUUCCGGGAAUAGAAAUAGGCUAUUGACGUUUAAUUGAAUGAUUGGCUUAUAACAAUAUUGGUAUCAUAGGAGUCUUGAUAUCUCCAAACCGUUAUUGCCAUUUUCUCUUAAAAGUUAAUUUUUUUUGAAGGUUUUCAAAAUAUAAGAAAAUAAUGUUCCUCCCAUGCUUGUUGAAGUGUGGUACGGUAAAUGAUAAUUAUUCUUGGUUUUUAGGUUA